AUGGUAAACAUUUCGGACAUUGCAAUUUCCAUGGUUGGUAAAUGUGUCGAUGUAUUUGCAACGGUGACAUACAUUAAUAAUGUGGAUUUGAUUUUUGUUGCUAAAAGAAACACUCACUGCUAUACACGAAACGUUAGUGUUGCUGAUGAUACAGGCACGAUCGAUAUAAUUCUUUGGAAUGACUUUGCGACGAAAUUUUCUACAGUGGUGAAUACAAAAGUUCGGUUUAAAGAUUUACUAGUCCAACUAUUCAAAGGCAAACUUCAACUUACAACAAUCAUGACAACGAUCAUAAAUUCAGAAGACAAAGCACAACAAGUUUAG